ACGAAUCUCGUACGACCUUCUUAGCAUCUGACGAAGUGGGAGAACGAGGAGACGAUGUAGCGGGGAGAGACACAUGCUCGACGUCCAUAAAAACAGAAUACCGUCCGUAAGACACCGCAGUCAGUUUCGUUCCAGUUCCACGAGGAAUUUACUAUUCAUCCCGGAAAGGAACACUGCCGUGUAUCAGCCUCCGAUCAACGCGGCAACAGUCCGACAGAUCAUCGGAUCGACAGACCGACUACGCGCGUUCACCACUUAAGAAUGCCGGGCCAACUGGAGCAGAUCAAGGGCAAGCGUGCCACCUUCGGCAUGGGCUGCUUCUGGGCGGGGGAUUCUCUCUUCGGGGCGCUGCCUGGCGUCAUCAGAACCUGCGUGGGCUACGCCGGCGGCAGCAAGGAGUCUCCGGCCUACAGGAACCUGGGCGACCAUACGGAGGUCAUCGACAUCGAAUAUAACCCAGGCCUAGUGUCUUACACGCAUCUGCUGAGCUUGUUUUGGAACAACCACGAGUACAGUCUAACGAAGAAGAUUAAGAGGCAGUACAUGUCACUGAUCUUGUAUCAUGAUGAAGAGCAAAGGUUGCUAGCUGAAAAGUCUCGCGAGCAGGAACAGCGGAAGCGCGGAGAAGUCUUUGUCACGGAAAUCAAGCAGUUUACAAAGUUUUAUCCAGCCGAGGAUUACCAUCAGAAGUAUCGGCUGCAGAAUCAUCCGUGGCUGGUCGAAACAAUGGGCCUCACCACCCCGGAGAUCCUGUGCGCCUCCCCACUGGCGGCUAAAUUGAACGGCUACAUCGCAGGCGCUGGUACCCUCGAGCAAUUUGAAAGUGAGCUCCCGGGCCUGGGGCUAAACGAGAAGGCAGUGAAAUAUUUAAGAAAAUACAUUAUCGAGAAUCAGGGCAGUGGUUUGUACUGCUAGCAGAUGAUGCAGUGAAGAAAACUGCGAGGGAUAUUUUUCAAGGGCCAGUUUCAUAAACAUCGGUUAACUGUUAACCAGAGUUCAGUCAACUCCCUUUUUCUAUCUUAUUAUUUAAGAACGGAGAAUCAAUUGACCUUCUAUUAGCGGUUAACCGACGUUCGUGAAACUCGCCCUAAUAGACGUAGGCUGGACAUAUCCGAUUUCUUCGCGAGAGGAGAACCGCACAGCCUGAUACACUGCGUAUACCAGAGUACCACAAAUGCCUUAAAAUGUUCCACGCGGAUACUUUUUAUAUCAAAUUGUUUGUAAUAUUUAACGCCCGCGUCGGAAUUUACUGUAUAAAGGGUCCCCACUGCUCACGCACUCGAUCGCAAUUUUAACAAUACGCUCGCAGACUUGGAAUCGAUAUUCUUUUUUAACAAAACCAUUGAUUCAAUGUUUGAAUUAGGUAAAUUUCGUACCGUCGAGUCGAUAAGAGAAUCCUUUAAUUGACAAUUUCUGCUUACCAAGGGAUACAAGGGAUGUCAAUUUGGACCGCACGUUUUUUUAUUAGUCAAGAAUUUACGUCUUAUAAUGUGCAUAACUUGAAAGUACUCACAGUAUACAAGAAGCUAUCCUAGUUAAAGUUAAAUGAAUUUUAGGUAGGCAAUAUAUUUCCGUCAUUAUGCGCACGGGUUCUCAAUUCGGACUGUUAUUUAGAAAUUAAGGUUUUAUUAUAAAAAUACGUGACGUUACGCGUCUUGGACUUUUCCCAUUACUUUCAUGAAGAGAGCCGGCUGCAAGUGAAAACAGUGUUACCAACUCGUAUCAAGUGCGCGUGUGCGCUUUUCGCGCGAAUUUCAAAUUUCGAUCAAUUUUAUUGUACAAAAAGGCCUGCGGUUCGGCAUUGCGAAUCCGAGGCGUCGGGGUGCUCCUGCGCAUUCGAGUGAGCGAGAGAGGAGAAUGUGACAGAAAAGGAGGAAGAGCAGCUCCGACGCCUCGAAUUUGCAACGCCGAACGCAAGCUAAAGAACGAAGUUAAGUAAAAGGAAACUGCUACGAUGAAGCCAUGUUACUCAAAUAUAAAAAUAUAAAAAGACAUUUUAUAUAUAUAUGUAUAUAUAUAUAAAUUUAUGUAUAUACAUC